AUGGGAGAAAGAGAAAGUGUGUCCAAUUAAAAUGUCCCCAAGAGGAUGGGACACACUUUUGCCUCAAGGUUGCUGUUACUGCUACCGACAAGCUUAGCUUUUUUUCCUUUGUCCUUAAUUCAAAAUACAGUUUCUUCUCUCUAUCAAUCUAUCUUUUUAACUUCUAUAAAACACUCAGCUUCCACGAAGCCUCAUCUUCAUCUACAUCAUUAUCAACUUCUCUAUCUCUCUCUCCUCUCCCCAAAGCAAUAUAACCAAAGCUUUGUUUUUCUUUCUCCCGCACUCUUGAAGAAUCAGAAGAGAGUUAAUAUGGAUGAGUUUAUUAACCUCAAGGAAACUGAGCUGAGACUUGGAUUACCAGGAACAGACAAUGUACGUGAAGAAAAAGAGAUAGUUUCUUGCUGUAAUAACAGCAACAAGAGAGCAUUACCAAGUGGUUCCGAGAAUGAAAUUGAAUCAUCAACGAGGAAAACCGAAACAUCUCCUCCUCGAAAGGCUCAGAUUGUUGGAUGGCCACCAGUUAGAUCUUACAGGAAGAACAACGUUCAGACAAGGAAGAAUGAAACUGAUCAUGAGGUUCAAGGAAGCUAUGUGAAAGUAAGUAUGGAUGGUGCACCAUACUUGAGGAAAAUAGAUCCGAGUUGUUACAAAGGAUACUCAGAAUUGCUCAAAGCUUUACAAGUGAUGUUCAAAUUCUCUGUGGGGGAGUAUUUUGAGAGAGAAGGAUAUAAAGGUUCAGACUUUGUGCCCACUUAUGAAGACAAAGAUGGUGACUGGAUGCUCGUUGGAGAUGUUCCAUGGGAGAUGUUUGUGUGUACUUGCAAGAGACUAAGGAUCAUGAAAGGAUCAGAAGCCAAAGGUUUAGGCUGCGGUGUAUGAGACAAAGCUUCAAGAAACCUAACAGGGACACAAGAAACUGCAGAAAACAGAGUUUCUCUAGGGCAAGAGAAAUCACUGCUUGUGCUCGGGUUGUCGGGUUCUCCGGAGAGAACUAUGUCCAUCGGACUGAAUCCAAAGUCAUUGCCUAGUUUAAUUUACCUCAUCGGUAAAAUUCAAAUGUAGACAUGCUUAAUGGUCUUAAACAUUGAAACUGGAUCCUUAUUAAAUUUUGUUUCAAAAAACAGGGCAAAAGGUUGUCUGUAGCCUUUGGUUUAUGUGUGUUUUACGUUGAAAAAUGUGUUAAGUUCUUCUACUGCUACUGGUUGUAGCAAUCUGAUUUGUGUUCUCAUUGA